GAUAUAGUGAAUGCAGGGUCCGGGGAGACCAGAUAUAGUGAAUGCAGGGUUCUGGGGAGACCAGAUAUAGUGAAUGCAGGAUAUAGUGAAUGCAGGGUUCUGGGGAGACCAGAUAUAGUGAAUGCAGGGUCCGGGAGACCAGAUAUAGUGAAUGCAGGGUCCGGGGAGACCAGAUAUAGUGAAUGCAGGGUCCGGGGAGACCAGAUAUAGUGAAUGCAGGGUCCGGGGAGACCAGAUAUAGUGAAUGCAGGGUCCGGGGAGACCAGAUAUAGUGAAUGCAGGGUCCGGGGAGACCAGAUAUAGUGAAUGCAGGGUCCGGGGAGACCAGAUAUAGUGAAUGCAGGGUCCGGGGAGACCAGAUAUAGUGAAUGCAGGGUCCGGGGAGACCAGAUAUAGUGAAUGCAGGGUUCUGGGGAGACCAGAUAUAGUGAAUGCAGGGUUCUGGGGAGACCAGAUAUAGUGAAUGCAGAGUCCUGG